GGAGUGAGCGCCUGCGGGGGUUACCGAGCUGGAUGCUGAGGGGAUUCCCGUGCGGGAAGAAAGGCCUGGCGCUGUGGCGUCCCUUCUCCCCCGUGUUUGUACCCCGUCAGGGAGGGGGGGUGGGCCUGGUUACGCUCUGUGGACCUUUGAGGGGGUCCAACGCAAACGCCUGCAUAAGUAGGUGUUAGCUUGUUCUCGCCUUACGAAGUUGAACUCUAUUGUUGUACUUGGACGAGGGCGUAUAUCCUAGUAACUUGGAGCUGGAAUGGUCAAUCCAUCUGCCAGGCAGUCAUGUGCUCGGAGGGAAGGAAGGCUUUCGAAAUUGUGGUAUUGAAGCCCCCAGGAGGAGGUUCUAGUAAUCUCUUUGGGAGUACAGAAGAAGUUUCUUCUUCAAGCAGGCCACACCGGAUGGCAUCCAAUAUCUUUGGAGCAUCAGAAGAACCUCAAAACAUUCCAAAAAGAACAAACCCUCCAGGGGGAAAAGAAAGUGGUAUUUUUGAGGAUUCUAGUUCUGCUCAGCCUCGUCCACGCAUGAAUCCACCUGGUGGGAAGACAAGUGAUAUCUUUGGGUCUCCUGUAUCUACCAGUGUUGUGCGAGCACACCCAAAUAAGCCUAAGGAUCACAUUGUCUUGAAAGAAGAUGAAACACCAAAGAAGCUAGAAGCUACAGAAAAUAUCAAAUCACAGCUGGAAGAUGGAGGCGAGAAAAAAGAUCUGGGCAAAGAGGAGCGAUGCAAGGAGCCAGAACCCAAGAUAGACAAUCACGAGCCCCGAUUAGGGCCAAGACCACGGUCACACAACAAAGUUCUCAAUCCGCCAGGGGGGAAAUCCAGUAUUGCGUUCUAUUAGGGUCAACUGUUCACUUUCACUAACGGAGUCUGCACAGAAACUCUUGUCUGUGGUUGCGAGGUCAGUUUAUAGACUAUUGUUUGUGGAUAGAUUCUUAGGCAGAUGGAUGAGGGUUAUGCUAAAGUGUGUAGGAAGGAUAACCUGAUGAUUUGGGGAGGGAGGGCUGGGGAGGGAAAGGGUGCCCUGUGGAAGAUAUGAGUAUUGGCCUGCCUGGGUGGGUGGCAGAGGGGGACAUUAGUGUAACUUUGUGAAAGAUCAGUGCUACUUUGUGGUGAGUUUGUCGGACUGUUAGGUUCUUAGCUAGCUAGUGGCUCAGGACACUUGUGGAGUCAGGCUUAUCCAUACAGUCAACAUGUAAAACAUUGUGAAUGGGUAGGGACCUGGAGGUUGCAUCUGAAAGCACAGAAGGUAGGCUGUGCUUUCCUCUAGGCAAUACAAUGCAGCUUCACAGUGUGAGUUGACUUGCAGUCACUUUAAAAUGUAAGUACAUUCCACUGGAACAAGUAGUGCUACUGUGGUUUUGAAUGUCUUCAGUCUUUGGUUCUCUUUCUCCUUUCUUGCUUUGCAGCACAUGAUUGCUGAUGCAAGGACAAAACAUGCUGAAAGUUUCUUUUAUACUUGUAAACCAUCAUAUGUUAAUAAAUAUCAUGGGCUUCCCCUCCCCAGAGUAUUCAGGCCUUUCUAAUGCCUUCAGUAAUCUGCUGAUUACUAUGACUAGCUCUUGACAAGUGAUAAUAUCAAUCCAACAUACUGUUUCAUGUAGGUGCUUCUAGAAGACUUUUAUUUAAAGUAUCCUGGUUGAGUGCUUGCACGUUUUCUAGUAAAGAUGUGGGUGCAAACAAUAGCUUUAUGGUACUCUUUGAACACAAGCAACUUAAAGUGUACAAUUACCAUGGAGAAUAUUCUGAGGUGUCCAGCCAGCUAGCUUUGACCCAACCUGUAUAGAAAUGCCUUAGCUUCUGCAAAGGUUUUUACUUUGUACCCUGCGGAAACCAGGACUGUUCUGCUGUCUUCACCACAGUGCAUUUUUUUUGUUUGUCUGUGCUGACUCUGUUAGUGAAUUCUCUUGCCUUUGGUCAGCCUUAUGUUUGCCUUUGACUGCCUCGGAUUUUUGUUGGUAAGGUUGGGAGAACUACAUGGAUUCUCCUGAAACCACAGUUGUAGUUGUUUUGAGACAUGCUGUAGACUAUCCUAGUUGGAGAAACAAAGACUUUAGCAAUACAAACCUUUUGGUUGUGCUGGCUAUCUUAAAUCAUGUUUGGAAGACGUGCAUGUUUUGCACAAACAUUUGUUGGGGAGAGUAGCUCCCAUCAUUUGUUCUCUGAAUGGACUUUUUGAUCAUAUCCAGAGCUUUGAUAUAUGAAUGUUAACAUUAGGUGCUUACUGUUCAGUGUAUUUAAUAGUGACUUUUUAAAUUUGACAUACCGAAACAGGAGUUGUUCAGGUACACCAAAGAACAAGUGGCCUUAUCUGCAUAUAUCCGCUGCUGUUCUAGCCCAGGUUCCCGGGGAACUGCUGCUGUUCAGAGGGGACUAUCUCUGGGCCAGGUGCUAAAACACUCUGUGAUUAUAGGUCUUACCAGACUGCUCAGUUCAGUUGAUGUCAGAAGUGGGAUGACUGCAUGAAGACUUAGUUGCCUUUUCAAAUAGUGAAAGUGAAAUAUAUGGGGCAGUGCUAAGGGUAGAGAUAGCCAUGGAAAGUAGGGAUUUCAAUGCCUUUGUACCUUUUCAGAUAGGUUUGGAGCUUCCUGUUAUUUGGCCCCGAGGGAAACAAGACAGUGAUUCUAACUGUAACCCUGGAAUAAAUCUAUGUAACUUCCAAACAUCUUUUCCUAGCAGCUAUUCUUGAGUCUGUGCUGUCUAGCCUCUGGCUGAGUCUCAGACACAUCUAUCUGUUUCAAUUCCUUGUUCCAGUACUUGACAGGGUUUUAAAAGGCUACCAUGUGGAAAAGUCAACCAGAGGCUGCUUUCUGCAUUGAAGGGUCUGGUGUAAUUGAUGCUGUCUGUAAUACUGAGCUUAGACUUGGCAUCUUUCAGUACCUGAUGUGCAUUGGCUACAGUGCCUGUCUUUUAAACAGCAACUUCCAACUAGGCCUUAAAUUAGUUAAACUAUGUUCAUUUUCUUGCAUUUCUUUAUUUGGAAUCAAAACCAUGUUUUCAACUCAUCAAGUAAGAUUGAUAAGAGCAUUUCUCCGGGACAGAAGGGGAUUGGAAAUCAAAUGAUAAGUCAUGCAAUUGUCAAUAAACCUCUGUAUUUUGUUACUUCA